GACGGGCCGGUACAGCCCGUGUCCCCGCCCCGCGCCAUCGCUAGGCGACGUGCGCUUUUGCCGCGGCGUGCCGCUCGCGAGGGCAGCUGAGGUGGUGGUGGCGGCCGCCGUGUCGAGGCAUCGCGCGCCCGUGAAGGGUUCGCCGUCAGUGCUGCUGGGUGCCUGGAGCCGCGGACCCCGUCUCGAAAACUGUCCUUGACAGUGCCUGCGCGGCCCAGUGGCCGCCGGGGCGCGUCGCGUCUCCAUGGCGACGGCCUUUUCCCUGCGAGGACCUCGGCGGCAGGGCUGCCCCGCGGCGCCUGCUUGGCGCGACGCUCUAGCGGUUACCGCCGCGGGCUGGCUGGGCGUUGUGGGGCUGCGCGGCUGCCACGGAGCUAGAGGGCAAGUGGGCUUGGCCCAGCGUGCAGGGUACGCGGGCGGCCAGACAACAGGCUGGGCUCCGGGGCCUGCGGCGCAGGCGCUGAGCUGGCAGGGCGGGCCGGGACGCGGGCUGCAUCCUCAUCUCCUCCAUCGCCUGCAGUAAGGGCGGCCGCGGCGAGCCUUUGAGGAGAACGACUUGUCGGAGUCCUAACCAGGGGUAUCUCUGAGCCUGGCGGGAUCCCUGGAGCGUCACAUCACUUUCCGAUCACUUCAAAGUGGUUAAAAACUAAUAUUUAUAUGACAGAAGAAAAAGAUGUCAUUCCGUAAAGUAAACAUCAUCAUCUUGGUCCUGGCUGUUGCUCUCUUCUUACUGGUUUUGCACCAUAACUUCCUCCGCUUGAGCAGUUUGUUAAGGAAUGAGGUUACAGAUUCAGGAAUUGUGGGGCCUCAACCUAUAGACUUUGUCCCAAAUGCUCUCCGACAUGCAGUAGAUGGGAGACAAGAGGAGAUUCCUGUGGUCAUUGCUGCAUCUGAAGACAGGCUUGGGGGGGCCAUUGCAGCCAUAAACAGCAUUCAGCAGAACACUCGCUCCAAUGUGAUUUUCUACAUUGUUACUCUCAACAAUACAGCAGACCAUCUCCGGUCCUGGCUCAACAGUGAUUCCCUGAAAAGCAUCAGAUACAAAAUUGUCAAUUUUGACCCUAAACUUUUGGAAGGGAAAGUAAAGGAGGAUCCUGACCAGGGGGAAUCCAUGAAACCUUUAACCUUUGCAAGGUUCUACUUGCCAAUUCUGGUUCCCAGCGCAAAGAAGGCCAUAUACAUGGAUGAUGAUGUAAUUGUGCAAGGUGAUAUUCUUGCCCUUUACAAUACACCACUGAAGCCAGGACAUGCAGCUGCAUUUUCAGAAGAUUGUGAUUCAGCCUCUACUAAAGUUGUCAUCCGUGGAGCAGGAAACCAGUACAAUUACAUUGGCUAUCUUGACUAUAAAAAGGAAAGAAUUCGUAAGCUUUCCAUGAAAGCCAGCACUUGCUCAUUUAAUCCUGGAGUUUUUGUUGCAAACCUGACAGAAUGGAAACGACAGAAUAUAACUAACCAACUGGAAAAAUGGAUGAAACUCAAUGUAGAAGAGGGAUUGUAUAGCAGAACCCUGGCUGGUAGCAUCACAACACCUCCUCUGCUUAUCGUAUUUUAUCAACAGCACUCUACCAUCGAUCCUAUGUGGAAUGUACGCCACCUUGGUUCCAGUGCUGGAAAACGAUAUUCACCUCAGUUUGUAAAGGCUGCCAAGUUACUCCAUUGGAAUGGACAUUUUAAGCCAUGGGGAAGGACUGCUUCAUAUACUGAUGUUUGGGAAAAAUGGUAUAUUCCAGACCCAACAGGAAAAUUCAACCUAAUCCGAAGAUAUACCGAGAUCUCAAACAUAAAGUGAAACAGAAUUUGAACUAUAAGCAUUUCUCAGGAAGUCCUGGAAGAUAGCAUGUGUGGGAAGUAACAGUUGCUAGGCUUCGAUGCCUAUCAGUAGCAAGCCAUGGAAAAAGAUGUGUCAGCUGGGUAAAGAUGACAAACUGCUCUGUCUGGCAGUCAGCUUCCCAGACAGACUAUAGACUGUAAAUAUGUCUCCAUCUGCCUUACCAAGUGUUUUCUUACUACAAUGCUGAAUGACUGGAAAGAACAACUGAUAUGGCUAGUUCAGCUAGCUGGUACAGAUAAUUCAAAACUGCUGUUGGUUUUAAUUUUGUAACCUGUGGCCUGAUCUGUAAAUAAAACUUACAUUUUUCAAUAGG